GGCUGCGCCGGAGCGGCCUCGGGGAGGUCAGCGCUGCCCCCGGGCGUGACGCCCCGCCGCCUGCGGCUGAGCCGCCCGUCUCCCCCUGCAGUGCGCGGACGAUGCCGAAGCUGCAGGGCUUCGAGUUCUGGAGCCGCACCCUGGGGGGGGCUCGCCACGUGGUGGCGCCCAUGGUGGACCAGAGCGAGCUGGCCUGGAGGCUGCUGAGCCGCCGGCACGGGGCCCAGCUCUGCUACACGCCCAUGCUGCACGCGCAGGUCUUCGUGCGCGACGCCAACUACCGGAAGGACAACCUGUACUGCGAAGUGUGCCCCGAGGACCGGCCCCUCAUCGUGCAGUUCUGUGCCAAUGACCCAGAGGUGUUCGUCCAGGCGGCUCUCCUGGCCCAGGAUUACUGUGAUGCCAUUGACCUGAAUUUGGGGUGCCCGCAGAUGAUAGCCAAGCGGGGUCACUACGGGGCUUUCUUGCAGGAGGAGUGGGACCUGCUCCAGAGAAUGAUUCUCUUGGCACAUGAGAAACUCUCUGUCCCCGUCACGUGCAAAAUCCGUGUCUUCCCAGAGAUCGACAAGACCGUGAAGUACGCUCAGAUGCUGGAGAAGGCCGGCUGUCAGCUGCUGACCGUGCAUGGCCGCACCAAGGAGCAGAAGGGGCCGUUGUCGGGCACCGCGUCCUGGGAGCAUAUUAAGGCUGUGCGGAAGGCAGUAACCAUCCCCGUGUUUGCCAACGGGAACAUCCAGUGCCUGCAGGACGUGGAGCGGUGCAUCCAGGACACGGGCGUGCAGGGCGUCAUGAGUGCAGAGGGCAACCUGCACAACCCUGCCCUGUUUGAGGGCCGCAGCCCUGCCGUGUGGGAGCUGGCCGAGGAGUACCUGGACAUCGUGCGGCAGCACCCCUGCCCCCUGUCCUACGUCCGGGCCCACCUCUUCAAGCUGUGGCACCACACGCUGCAGGUGCACCAGCAGCUUCGGGAGGAGCUCGCCAAAGCGAAGACCCUGGGGGGCAUCGCGGCCGUGAGUCAGGAGCUGAAGCUGCGGUGCCAGGAGGAUAUGUCCAGGCAGAAGGAGGGAGAGAAACCGUCCGGUGGCCUGCCUUUUUUCCACUGGAUCUGCCAGCCCUAUUUCCGGCCAGGGCCCAGGGAAGGGAGCAAGGAGAACGGGGGUGCCCGCAGCAAGCGGGCCCUGGAGGAGGAGGAGGGCGGCACGGAGGUCCUGUCUAAGAACAAGCAGAAGAAGCAGCUGAGGAACCCCCAUAAGACCUUCGACCCCUCGCUGAAGCCAAAAUACGCAAAGUGUGACCAGUGUGGAAACCCAAAGGGCAACAGAUGCGUGUUCAACCUGUGCCGGCGCUGCUGCAAGAAGCGUGCUUUCAGGGAGGCCGCCGACUGCCCAGGUCACGGACUGCUUUUUAAAACCAAAUUGGAGAAGUCUCUGGCCUGGAAGGGAGCCCAGUCCCGACUGCAGGAGCCUCAGCUUGUAGGAUCUGGGGACCCGGGCAGCUUUCCUGAGGUUGUGGGCAGCGCCCUGGCCUGAAGGGCGGCUGGAACCCAACGCACGGCGCCCCCCAAAGUCCCAGGACUGCUGCUGCAGCCUCGCCACGGCCCACUUAACUCAGGGAGUCUCCCGCUGCUCAACAUGGAAGGAUGAGCUGGUCUUGCCCUCGCCCACGCCGGGAGCCCGGAAAUGCUGCACCGGGGAGCAGGCACCCAGGUGGACCUGCCCCUCCUAGCAACGUGUGUGUGCAAAAGCCAACAAUAAACCAUUUCAAAGGUG